AUGGUCGUGACUCCAACUUUCCCCGAUGACCCCAGUGACUGCCCUGACUUUGACCCGCAUCCGCGUACGGUGGACGAGCUGCCCCGCUACCGCCGCCGCCGCCCGCCGCAGCACCUCUGUCCACAGGACAACCUGAGGCCGGCGCGGGACGCCUCCUUCAAGGCUGUCAAGUCCGAGUACCGGCGCCGCUUCCUCUCCUACCCGUUACAGGCGUCUACGGAGCAAGCGUCGCAGUACGUGUGCCACGGGUCGCCGGCGCGCGCGCCACUUCUGCGCAGGCGCACUAGCCUGCGUACGGAGGGGGACCUGCUCGUGCGCGAGUCUGAGCUGCGAGCUCGCUUCAAGAGGCUGCAGGGCGCCCAGCGCGCCGAGCUCGCGCGACGGCCCACCACACUCAGGAUGGAGGGCGAGAUGGAGACGCGCACUGAGCACUUGGAGCGCUUCUGCGAGCCCGGGUCGGGCGCGCGGCGCGCCGAGCUGAGCAAGCGGCGCACGCAGCUGCAGCUGGAGGGCGAGCUCGCCCGCGACACAGAGUCCCGCGCCAGCUUCGCGCCGCCGGUGCCCGCCGCCGAGCGCCGCCCGCCACUGCGCAGGCGCGCCACCAACCUGCGCCUCGACGCCGAGCAGUCGGCGCAGCUGAGCUCCGAGUACCGCGCGCUGUUCGCGGACUUCCCGCAGCGCGACCCGCCCGUGCGCCGGCGGCCGCCUCAGGGGAACCUCGCGCCGGGCCCCGGAGAAAUGGAGAAGGUGACGGAGAAGCGGGCGCACUUCGUGGACUGGACGGGCGUGGCGGAGCGGCCGCGUCCGCACCGGCGCAGUUCGAGCCUCAAGCUGGAGAUGGAGAUGGCCGGCGGUAGCGGCGGCGGCGCGGUGCUGCCCGAGUACCGGGAGCGCUUCGUGGAGUUCCCGGCGGUGGCGCGCCCGCCGGCCGCCACCAGGGCGCUGGCGCAGUCGCUGCGCCUCGAGGGGGACCUGCUCACCGAGACCGAGAAGAGCGCCCAGUUCGUCGACCACUACUCGCCCGUGCGCCCCGCUGCCGGCAAGCGCACCGAGGACCAGGCCACCAGGGACCAGCAGCCGCAGCCGCAGCCGCAGCCGCUCUCGCGCGGCCUCAGCCUGGACUCUCCCGCGGCGCGCCGUCGCGCUCAGCGCCGCCCCUCUCAGGCCUCCGCCACCGGCGCCGCCCCCGCCACUGCCGCCGCGACGCCGCCCACGCCGCGCAAGGCGCCCGCCAGCCCUGCCCGCACCCCACCCACGCCGCGAAAGGUGCGCGCCCGCCACCAGUACGACAAGUCACCGCCGCACACUCCCAAAAAGUCAGCCCCCAAGAAAGCGUCGGCUACGCCGCGAGUCGGCUCCCCGUCGCCGUCGGCGGGCAGUGGGCGGCGGCGUCCCACGUCUGCCUCUCCCCACAGGCAGCAGACAGAGCAGCAGCAGCAGGCCAAGGUCGCCAGGCCGGCCGACACGCAGCUCGAGGACGCCGAGGAGUCCGCCGCCAACCACCAGUCGCCGCCGCCGCAGCCGCAGCCGCAACAGCUCCUCGCUGUACCCGUCAGUGAGGAGAAGCCAGCGCAGCCGACGCCUGGAGCCGCUGCGCAGACUGCCAGCCUGCCGCCGCUGCCACCGCCAGCUCCAGCUCCAGCUCCAGAGAGCAAGUCUUCCACCGGCUGCAUCGGCGGCACCACGGACCGCCGGCUCACCAAGCUGCGGCCGGAGCCCGAGGCGGCCGAGCGGCGCCGCCUGCGUCCCGCCGCCCCCGGGGAGGUCUACCGAGCCUUCCACGUCCUCGAGAAGCCCGAGAAGACGGUCACCUUCGAGAUGGAUGUACGGCCGCCCACGAGGGGCCGCAGUGUGUCACGCAGCGGCCGCGGCAGCCGCUGCUCCGACGAGCGUGGUAGCUGCUCGCUGGACCGUGCGCUGUCCCCAGGCUACCGGAUGCACGUGCUCAAUGUGGACGACAACGGCAACAGCGCGCCGCAGCGUCAGCCAGACGUCGCCCCAACCGACACUGAAGGCACCGCAGCCGCUCCAAGGUCUACCUCGCCCACUGCACGCCGUGCUUCAUCACCACUACCUCUUCCACGACGUCGUGGUAGUCACAUAAGACGUGACAAUGCUAGACAUGCAUUUAUUGUCCUAGAUAAUGAUAAUGGCAACAAUGAAAAUGGUAACAACAGUAACUUAAAUAAUAACAACAACACAACCAGAAGUGGAAUGCUUGAUGUUCCUAGGGGACGAGGAGGAUGGAGAAAAUGAUUACCACUAAAUAUAUGACAUGUGCUACCUUCUAAGUGGUCAAUUAAGUAGUGAUGAGAAUAGAGAAUGUCUCAAGUCUUGAGUCCUGCCAAUGUACAGUAUCUCUUUCUCUUUCCAACAAAAAAAGUGUCUACACAGCAUCAUAGAGGUAACCUGGCUAGUAUUUAUUUGAUGAAAUUUUUCUGAUGCUACGAUCAUUACUAAUGAUGUCUGGUAAAUCUCUCUUUUUGCAUUUACUUAAUGCUUGAAUCUGCAUAGUUCUUUAGGAAACAGGAACCAGGCACUGGCUAAAUCAAUUAGAACAUGAAA